UAUAACAGCUGGCAUUUGGAGCUCCUUCACCAACCGCCAUCUCGAACUUGGAAUCCCAGCGCCGCAAUGGACGUGCCGUUCUUCGUCGCCUUCUCCGUCAUCCUCCUGCUCGGCCGGUACCUCCCCUUCGCGCUCCCGGCGAACGCGCGCGCCGCCCUGGCCGACGGUGCCGCGGCGCCGCCCGCCCGCGCCGCCAAGUGCGCCAUCUCGGUGGCCGUGGCGGGGCUCGCGCUGCUGGUGUCCACGCAGUGCGGCGGCCGGCCGCAGCAGUGCCCGGCGGAGGCGGCGAUGGAGGCGAGGGCGCUCUGGCUCAACUCCGCCGCGCUCUUCCUCGGGACGCUCCUCGCGGCCGCCUCCGUGGCGCUGCACCCGCCCGCGCGCGCGCCGCCGGCCGUCGAGGUGGCCGUCGAGCACCUGACCAGGGUCACCGAGACCAUCACGAUCACCGCGUUCGCGCACGACCUCUGCAUCUUCCUCAAGAUCUCCAAGUCCUAACAAACGAAUUAAGCUACACGACGACAGCAUCGUCCUGAGAAUUCAUUCUCUGUUCUUAAGCCACGGACGGCGUCGUUGAUGAAUUCUACGGAAAUCAAUAGAAACAGGCACUGUCAGUGCCGGUUAGUUGGAAAAAAAUGCAGGCAAAUCAUGGAAGGUCACAAUCUCCCAUUGUUCACCAUGAUCCCCCAGAACUGUACUGGUGCAGAAAAUUCAGCUUGUACUAUCAUAUAUAUCAGAGCGGUUGUUGGCGGGUCAA